AUGACUAACGAACCAGAACGAUCGAACAAUUCAAAGAAAUUAAUGUCUGGCUCCAACAAGAGGAUCAUAUUUCUUAAGAAUAAGACUAUCAAUCAUGAUAAGUAUGAAAUUGAGUUUCUAUCUCAUGGAUAUGACCCCGUUUUCAUACCGUUGAUUGAGCAUACCAAUAUACCUAAUGAAGCUUUGACAUUAUUAAAGGAAAAGGAGUACAUUUCCAGCGUCAAUUUCAUUAUAAUAACGUCCCAAAGAACGGUAGAAUGUUUGAAUGAAUGUAUUUUGCCUGUCUUGGAUGCGGAACAUAAAUCACUCCUAUUGAACAAAGUGAUUUAUACAGUAGGGCCCGCUACAGCAGAAUAUUUACAGCAAAGUGGGUUUAAGAACAUUCGAGGGGGUAAAGAAGCUGGAAAUGGAAACAUAUUGGCAGACAUCAUAAUUAGUGAUCUUCAACAUUCAACCGAAGAUUUUCUUCUUAAGAACCAUGGCCCUAUCUUAUUUUUUGUUGGUCAAAUCAGAAAAGAUAUUAUCCUCAAAAAAUUAUCAAAAAGUGACAUAUCUAUUAGGGAGGUAGUAGUGUAUGAUACUAAGGAACUUCAAGAUAAUGUCAUUCGAUUUCAAGAAUGUGUUAAAAAUAGUGUUACAAAUUAUGUUGUUGUAUUUAGCCCCCAAGGUAUGAAUGAAAUUGUGGAUUAUCUUAAAGACCAACCAAAUUCUUCUAAAUUUAGGAUUGCAUCUAUUGGUCCUACCACCAAAAAAUACUUAGAAGAGAAAGGACUAUCAAAUGUUAUUGUUAGUCCUAAACCUGAUGCUGUUUCAUUACUGAAUGAGAUUGAAAUGCAUCCCUUGAAAUGA